UAGAUUUAAACUUUUUUUAAAUUGUAAGAUAAUUUUAAUCCACCUAUUUUGGUUUAAAAAUUGAAUUAUUAUGGCUGCACCCAAAGUUAAAUUAAAUAAUGGGUUAGAAAUACCAGCUCUUGGACUGGGUACGUGGCAGGCAGAUGCUGAAGGCAAGUGUGAAGAAGCUGUAAAAUAUGCAAUAGACAUAGGAUAUCGACACUUUGAUUGUGCCUAUCUUUAUGGAAACGAAAAAGAAAUUGGGAGAGCUAUACAAGAUAAAAUUAAAGAUGGAACAGUUAAACGCGAAGACCUAUAUAUCACAAGUAAAUUAUGGAACGAUUCUCAUAGUCCAGAGAAGGUUGUUGACGCUUGUAAAAAAUCAUUAAGUAAUUUUGGAUUGCCUUACGUGGAUUUAUAUUUAAUUCAUUGGCCAUGCGGGUACGAUUCACAAAGAGGCGGUGCUAUUUUUCCAUCAAAAUUUUCUUCACCAUCUUUUUCUAUUAUUGAUACUUGGAAAGAAAUGGAAAAAUGUGUUAAGUUAGGUUUAACCAAGAGUAUUGGAAUAUCUAAUUUUAAUCAUGAACAAAUUGAAAGACUACUAAAACAUGCUGAAAUUAAACCAGUUGUUAAUCAGGUGGAAGUUCAUCCAAAUUUGACCCAAAAAAAGUUAAUAGACUUUUGUAAACAACUAGAUAUUGUAGUAGUAGCUUAUUGUCCAUUGGGGACUCUUGGAAGAAGUAGAAGAAAAGAUGACGAUCCAACUUUAGUAAAUAUUGGUAAAAAGUAUGGUAAAACAUCAUCCCAAGUUAUCUUACGUUACUUGGUCGAUAUUGGAACUAUACCAAUACCAAAAUCAACUAAUAAGGAACGUUUAAAAUUAAACAUCGAUAUUUUCGAUUUUAAAUUAACACCUGAAGAAAUUCAAACAAUUGAUAAAUAUGAUAAUAAUACGAGAUUAUGUAGCGCAAGUGAAUUACAAAGUCAUCCAGAAUAUCCGUUUCAUCUUGAUUAUUGAGAAUAAUAAACACAAGACAUAAUGUUUGUGUUGAUCGAACACAAACAUUCAAUAUUGUUGAUUUGUUUGAUGCCCUUUAGGAUUAUUUUUUUGGAUCAUAUCCUUGGAAAAUAGAAUGCAAAAUCGAAUUUUUCGAAUUAAUUGAACCACGUAGCCAAAGUGGGUUAAACCAUGAGCAUACGUUUUCCUGUGUACAUGGUAGUAUACAAAAACAAAGGAUCCCUUUCAGUCUACGCGUAUUUUAAUUGAGGUUCUUAUCAUAUGUUAGUUUCAAAAUUAUCACUCCAUUUACUCGCUCCCAGUAUACUGUUUACUUUCGACUUAAAUCGAUCCCUAAAAUUAUGAUUUAAGUAUUAUCUAAAAUAAAUUAUAUUAUGUUACUAUUAAAUUGUAAGAAGAUAUUUAAGUAAACUAAUAUUGUUUUCUGACUUAAACCAUCAUAUUUAACUCGGAUGUUAAAACUAAAAUAUUUUAUAAUAUUAGAAGCAGAUAGACCGUGGGAUACCACGGUUUUUUUUAAUGAUGAAUACAUACUUGAAACUUUAAAAUUGUUCCUAUAAUUUAAAGAGGAAAUAAUAUACUCCUAAGCUUCCAAAAAUGUUGGAACUCCGAUUGGAAGAAGUCAAAUGUAGAGCAAUUACUUUAUGAUCGAAAUAAAAGUUUAAUGAAUAAAAACACAUACUUGGUUAAUUUGUUUCCACCAAUCAAAAAAGGAACUUACU